UCCGUCCGCAUGGAGAGUCCGCUGUGGCGUUCCGGAUAGAGGCGCGUGGUGGGCUCUGGGGCUCCCUGGUUUCCGAACGCCAGCCUUGUCUCCUGCGUGUCCGCGUCAGCGCAGGGUGACGUCCAGAGCCCCCACCGUCUCCGGCCGCCCUGGUUUCAGGGACUCCAGAAUGCUGCGGACACCGUGCGCCCCGCCCCUUGGCGGAAGGACAUAGAGUGAGGGGCCCAGCUGGGGGGAGUGACGGAGUGUGACCUCUUAACGCCCCAUGUCCUCUCCAUGAGCAGACCGUGACUUCUUCCCAAACACUUCCGAUGCCUCUUUUACCUCUGGCCUCUUUCCGGCCACCGCUUUGGGUGCUGAGGCCCUCGUGGGGUCUCUCCAGGCCCCAGCCACUCUGUACACAGCCAGAGCACGGCUCGCCCCUCUCCCGGAGGAACCGUGAAGCCAAGCAGAAGCGCCUGCGGGAGAAGCAGGCGGCCCUGGAGGCUGGGCUAGCCGAGAAGAGCAAGUCACCUGCAGUGCCCACUAAGGCCUGGAGUCACAAGGAGGUAGUAUUGUAUGAAAUCCGCACUGAGCCGGGUGACAAGAAAGAUGUUUCUGGGCCCCUGCCCCCUGCUUACAGUCCCCGAUAUGUUGAGGCGGCCUGGUACCAGUGGUGGGUGCGAGAGGGCUUCUUCAAACCAGAGUAUCAGGCACGGCUGCCCCAUGCUACAGGGGAGACCUUUUCCAUGUGUAUCCCACCUCCCAAUGUCACUGGCUCCCUGCACAUCGGCCAUGCACUCACGGUGGCGAUACAGGAUGCCCUCGUGCGCUGGCACCGGAUGCGUGGGGAUCGCGUGCUGUGGGUCCCCGGCUCAGACCACGCAGGCAUUGCUACACAGGCUGUGGUGGAGAAACAGCUGUGGAAAGAGAAGGGCGUGAGGAGACAUGAGCUGAGCCGCGAAGACUUCCUUACGGCCGUGUGGCAGUGGAAGCAUGAGAAAGGAGGGGAGAUCUAUGAGCAGCUGUGCGCUCUGGGUGCCUCUCUGGACUGGGAUCGAGAGUGUUUCACGAUGGACGCUGGCUCCUCAGCAGCUGUGACCGAAGCUUUUGUGCGACUCUACAACUCGGGAUUGUUGUACCGGAACCGUCAGCUUGUCAACUGGUCGUGUACUCUGAGAUCAGCCAUCUCGGACAUUGAGGUGGAGAGCCGGCCCCUGCCUGGCCGCACAGUGCUCCAGCUGCCCGGCUGCCCAACCCCUGUGUCUUUCGGGCUCCUUGUUUCUAUCGCCUUCCCUGUGGAUGGCGAGCCUGGUGCGGAGAUUGUGGUGGGAACCACCAGGCCCGAGACGCUGCCUGGAGAUGUGGCUGUGGCUGUUCACCCCGACGACCCACGGUAUACACAUUUACACGGGCGACAGCUUCGUCACCCUUUGACAGGACAGCUUCUCCCCCUCAUCACAGACACCAGUGUGGAGCCACAUGUGGGCACAGGGGCCGUGAAGGUCACUCCUGCUCACAGUCCAGCAGAUGCCGAGAUGGGAGCCCGGCAUGGCCUGACACCAUUGAGUGUCAUUGCAGAGGAUGGGACCAUGACAUCCCUCUGUGGAGACUGGCUGCAGGGUCUUCACCGAUUUGUGGCCCGGGAAAAGAUUAUGUGCACGCUGAGGGAGCGGGGCCUGUUCCGGGGCCUACAGGAGCACCCCAUGGUCCUGCCCAUCUGCAGCCGUUCCGGGGACGUGGUAGAAUACCUACUGAAGAGCCAGUGGUUUGUCCGCUGCCAGGAAAUGGGGGACCGAGCUGCCAAGGCUGUGGAGUCAGGGGCUCUGGCGCUCUGGCCCUCCUUCCACCAGAAGAGCUGGCAGCACUGGUUUGCCCAUAUCGGGGACUGGUGUGUCUCCCGGCAGCUGUGGUGGGGCCAUCAGAUUCCAGCCUACCUGGUGGUCGGAGAGAAGGCAGAGGACGACAGGAAGGAAUUUUGGGUGGUCGGGCGGUCAGAGGCUGAGGCCAGAGCGAUAGCAGCAAAACAGACCGGGAGACCAGGGGCAGAAUUGACCCUGGAGAGGGACCCGGACGUCCUGGACACGUGGUUCUCAUCGGCACUUUUCCCCUUUUCUGCCCUGGGUUGGCCCCAAGAGACGCCAGACCUUGCUCGUUUCUACCCCCUUUCACUUUUGGAAACUGGCAGUGACCUCCUGAUGUUCUGGGUGGGCCGCAUGGUCAUGCUGGGGACCCAGCUCACAGGGCAGCUCCCCUUCAGCAAGGUGCUGCUUCAUUCCAUGGUUCGGGACAGGCAAGGCCGGAAGAUGAGCAAGUCCCUAGGGAAUGUGCUAGACCCACGGGAUAUCAUUAGUGGGCAGGGGCUGCAGGUGCUACAGGCCAAGCUGAGAGAUGGCAACUUGGACCUGGGAGAGCUAACCAUUGCAGCCGCAGCACAGAAAAAGGACUUUCCUUACGGGAUCCCCGAGUGUGGGACAGAUGCCCUGAGAUUUGCACUAUGCGCCCAUGGAAUCCUGGGGGGCGACCUGCAUCUGUCUGUCUCCGAGGUCCUGAACUACCGCCAUUUCUGCAACAAGCUCUGGAAUGCCCUGCGCUUUGUCCUCCGUGCCCUGGGGGAGGACUUCGUACCCCAGCCGGCAGAGGAGGUAUGUCCUUCCUCCCACAUGGACGCCUGGAUUCUGAGCCGCUUGGCCUUUGCAGCCCACGAAUGUGAGAGGGGCUUCCUCACCCGGGAGCUUUCACUGGUCACCCACACCCUGUAUCAUUUCUGGCUCCACAACCUCUGUGAUGUCUACCUGGAAGCGGUGAAGCCAGUGUUGUCGAAGGUACCCUGUCCCCCAGGGCCCCCUCAGGUCCUGUUCUCCUGCGCCGAUGUUGGCCUGCGCCUCCUCGCCCCACUGAUGCCCUUCCUGGCAGAAGAGCUUUGGCAAAGGCUGCCCCCCAGGCACGGUGGCCGCCUCGCCCCCAGCAUCUGUGUGGCUCCCUACCCCAGUGCCCACAGCCUGGAGUCCUGGCGCCAGCCCGAGCUGGAACGCUGCUUCUCCAGAGUCCAAGAGGUUGUACAGGCACUACGGUCCCUCCGAGCUACCUACCAGCUUACAAAAGCACGACCUCGAGUGCUGCUCCAGAGCUCGGACCCAGCAGAGCAGGGCCUAUUCCAGCCCUUCCUGGAGCCCCUCGGCACCCUGAGCCACUGUGGGGCUAUAGGGCUCCUGCCCCCAGGGGCAGCAGCUCCCUCAGGCUGGGCCCUGACCCCACUGGAUGACACCAUUAAGAUCUACAUGGAGCUGCAGGGCCUGGUGGACCCCCAGAGCCAGCUACCUCGGCUAGCUGCCCGAAGGCAGAAGUUACAGAAACAGCUUGAUGACCUCUUGAACCGGACUGCAUCAGAGGGGCUUGCAGAGACGCAGCAGAGGCUUUCCUCCCUCCGCCUGGAACUGUCAAAGCUGGACCAGGCGGCCUCCCACCUCCAGCAGCUGAGAGAAGAGGCUCCCAGUGCCCGGGGACCCUGAGCUCCGCUCACACCCAUGCCGGCGUUCCUUCUCAGGCUGUUUUGGAGGACAGAGCGGCCUGCUGUUGGUGCAGUGGGACGUCAGAGGUGACACCUUCCUCAUUUUGUAAAAGGAAGCAGACCGGAAGUCCCUGUGAUGCAAGAAUGAGGAGAUGGAGAUAAAAUGAUAAAAUCCCAGACACACCUGCGUGUGAUCCUUCAUCACCCUGUGCCUUGCCUGACUGCCUUGCCUCUCCCUUGUUCUGGGAAGAGGAGCCUUGGAGCUUCUGGUGUGAUGCUGGUUCCAACAGUUCCCUAGACUUAGAGACAGGGCUCUGGUGACCCUGUUCUCUGUACAUCUUACCAAGUAGAAGUUCCUUUGUUCCUUGG